CUACGUUAGUGAAUCUGAACAAAUGUUUAGAGCACUUCCCUCCCCAGUGACUCACUUCUUACUGUACAUAUUUAAUCCCUGCAGAUCCACCUGACGGCUCCCCCGUCUGCUCCGUGCAGCCGGCUCUGAAUCACACCUCACUGAAGCUGCUCUGCGUCUGGCCCGGUGGAUUCCCCUCCCCGUCCCUUCACUGGACUGGAGACCUGAUCCCUGCAGGACAACAAAUAAAUCCAAUGGGUGCACACGUUUUGCUGCCCUCUGGAGGUUUAACUGCUAACAGCAGCUUGUUCACCUGUCAUGGCUCCCAUCCUGCUCAAAAACAACAGAUGAAUUGCAGCACAGUCACAUAUGCCCCCUUUGCAGAGCCUGUGUGUUUCGCCAAUGUGACGGAUGACAAACAGUUUCUGGUGCUGUCCUGCUCCUGGGGUGGAGGGUUCCCGACAGCGUUGCUGUGGUGGAAAGGUCCAGGUGGUCAGGGCAAAGACGGAGAAGAGAGCUCCAGCGUUCUGAUUGUUCGUUACAGCGCCUUUCAGUUUGGGAAGGCCUACGUAUGCGCUGCUAAACACCCGCUUGUGACUCAAACAAAAACCUGUGGACUUACACUGGUCCCUGUUAGUAAACCAUCUGUCCUGGUAAGAGACACACUCCCAGUGGAAGGAGCGACGGUAAAGAUGCAGUGCAACGUGGAAAAUGGGACUGAGCCCAUCCAGUAUGUGUGGCAGCGUGAAAUUGAAAGAGGCAGCAUCACAACAUUUGCUCAGGGCAGCAACAGCAGCAUUAUCACCAUGAGCAACGUCAACCGGAGCCACAGUGGCCGGUACCGCUGUGUAGGCAGCAACUUCCUCAACACUGAAAACUCUGACUGGGUGUUUUUGGACAUUAUCUUUGGCCCAGAUGUUCCUCAGAUUGACGUGACUUCAUACAGUAUAACAGAUCGAGGAUUCUCAGCUCUGGAAACUGAGCCGGUUUCUUUGUCAUGUCAAGCCCAGUCCAAUCCAGCCAGUCAGUACAUCUGGUUCUACAACAACUCCCAGUUGUUCACCGGCCCACAGUACACCAUUGCCAAGGUCCUCCGUGUGCAAACUGGUGACUACACCUGCUUGGCACAAAACUCACACCUGAACACGCGCUCCAGGAAAACCGUCAGCCUCAUUGUCUACUGUGAGUGUGACCUCUACCCUCCAGUUGGCUCCCCCUCCUGUUCUAUGGAAGCGGCUCAGAAUCAUACGUCUCUUAGUCUUCUCUGCUCAUGGUCCGGUGGACUCCCUUCCCCAUCCCUUCGCUGGACUGGGGAUGUAAUGAAGGCGGAACAGGAGGAAACAGAACUGCAAACGAAUCUGCAAAACAGUGCUGCCAUCUUGCUGCCGUCUGAAGGCAGGAUUCCUAACAACAGCUUGUUCACUUGCAUUGGUGCUCAUCCUGCCAGAAAACAGCAAGCAGAAUGCAGCACGCGUACAUACAUUCCUCCUGCAGAACCGGUGUGUUUUGCCUACGUCACAAACACUCAGCAAUACCUGAUGCUGUCCUGCUCCUGGGAUGGAGGGGCCCCAAAGGCCCUAGUGUGGUGGGAAGGACCAGGGGGCCAAAGCAAAGGAGGACAAGAAAACUCCAACAUCCUGGUCCUGCGUUAUGGGACGGCCCGAAGUGGGAAACCGUACACCUGCUACGCUAAACACCCACUUCUGGUGGAAGCAAAGAGUUGUAGGCUCACACUGGAGGCCCCGGUGUUGUUGACGCAGCGCAGAGUCAUCUCUGUGUACGAGGGGAGUGACGUUCAGCUCACCUGCAAUCUGAGAGCCAAUUACCUUCCAGCCAAUGACAUCACCUGGUUCAACAACCAGGGCGUGGAUGUCCGAGACACGUCGAAGUACAUGCUGCUGCAAACGUCUGCCUGGGCCAACCUGACUGUGAGAGAAACCGACGAGACGCAGGACAGCGGAGAGUACAGAUGCUCCACUUCAAACGCAGUGGGAGGCGCUGAGAUCAACGUCACUCUGGUGGUCAAAAAAUACCCCAUGCCACCCAAUGCAACCCUGAUCAGAGCGACGUACAACAGCCGACAGCGUAACGAGGUGGAGCUGGAGUGGCAGGUCGACGGUACGGAGGAGACUGGAGGAUGGACUGGUUUCCACCUGGAGCAGCGAUGGGUGUCUGAGCGACCAAACAAGAGACGGAGCAGCAAUAUUUCACAGCUGCAGAUGGAGGAGAGGAUUGCCUCCCAAGACUGGUACCGUAUCGUCAUCCAGGAUCCAGGCAGCAGGAGUCACACAGUUCGAGGACUGACUCCGACCGUUACCUACCAGUUCCGCAUAACACCCAUCAACCACCGCACCAUCGGACACCCGUCUGUAGCCAGGACUCCAGUGGAGCUGCGUGACAACAUGUACCCUGCUGUGGUUGGAGCAGCUGUUGGUGGGAUGCUCUUUGCAGCCAUUCCUACUGUGCUGCUGCUUGUGUUCAUCAUACGUAACCGGGAUAGCAAUCCUCGACUACAUACAAUGCUUUUUGGCUCGCAGCACAGCCAAUCCAGAGAAAAUAUUAACUUCCCAGAGGAUGAGGUGGUUGCUGACUCAGAUGGUGGGUUAGAGAACUCUACUGGAUCAGGCAAGAAAAAGUCAUAUCAAACACAUUUUUGAUCAAUCUAAGGAUAGAGCCUAAAUGUCAUCACACUAUAAAAGCAGGACAGGAAAGCAAAGUCUUGAAUGUUCAUAGGGAAUUGUAGAAAUAUUACGCUGUUUUUUCCAGGUACAACUUCAGCAGAACCAAAAGCAUCAUCUUCUCUGGCCGCAGGCAAGCAUCUCCCACUGCAGUAACGUAAUGAGCCUUUUACCGCCGUUUGCACCAGCUGCAAGAUCAUAACUGUAUAAAUCUAAAUCAUUUGGGUAUUAUUAAAUCCCGUAUUAUUUUUAUAGACUGUAGGCAGUUUGAUUUGUCACACCAAGGCAUUUUAUCAAUGUAUGAGCAAUUUAUUUUAAGAAAUGGUUUGUUUGUUUAGGUAGUGACUGGGAUUUAUUUUUUAGUUAACUUUUCCACAGCUGCAGAAGAUGAAGGAAUAUAGGAAGCCAGAAAAAAGAAAGAUAUAUGUCUGAAUGUCACCUGUGCAAAAUGUGUAAUUAUGUCACUAUUAGCUUUUUCACAGUCCUUUACCACUCAGUGUCAUUUAGCCUUUACAAGCAAUUGACAACAUGCUGAGAUGAAUGUUUAUUUCCCCAAAACAUUAAAAGUGUGUUUUUAUUUUUACAACAUGCAAACUUAUCUCCAAGACUCUGUCACAAAAUACUAUAUGUGUGCUUUUGAAAAUGGUUAAGUUAUGCUCAAUUCAUAUUAUACAUGUUUGUUUGUUUAAAUAAAAAGUCAGUUUUACAUGAGGUUCAGCAUUUUUACACUGGAUGUUUUUCCCAUUAAAUCUCUAGGAAUUUUUUUUUUUCCUGUCCUGAAUCUGUAAAAUGACAUUAAAAUAAGGAAGACUCCCUUCCUCUCAA